GAUCUCUUAUUGAAUGUCCUGGCUGCCAGUAGAAUCGAAGGUGGGAGGCAACUCAUGACCACCAAACCGUGACAGCCUCGGAUUCCCCUGCUUCUGGCUGCUCAGAAUAACCACUGGGCCACUGUGGAGAUGAAUGGAGAACAGCAGUAUGAUGCAGAUGCUGGUUCCAGUGUGGAAGAAAUGGAAUUCAAUUGGGAUGAGUAUCUAGAAGACACAGGAGCAACUGCAGCCCCCCAUGGAUCUUUUAAACAUGUGGAUACAAGUUUGCAGAAUGGUUUUGCCCCUGGUAUGAAGCUAGAAGUUGCUGUCAAGUCUGACCAAAACACCUACUGGGUAGCCACCAUCAUUACUACCUGUGGGCAGCUGCUCCUGUUGCGCUAUGAUGGUUACGGGGAAGACCGCAAGGCUGACUUUUGGUGUGAUAUCAUGACAGCUGAUUUACACCCCAUCGGCUGGUGUGAGCAGAACAAGAAGAUUCUCAAAGUGCCUGAAGGUAUCAAGGACAAGAUACCUGACCAGGAGGAGUUCCUUCAGCGGGUGCUGAAAGGAGCAUGCAGUGCUCCUGCUAACCUGCUGGAGGGGCUUCACAGAGGGAAAAAUCCAUUGGAUCUUAUUGCACCAGGCUCCCGACUAGAACUGCAAAACAUCCGGGAUUCCCUGGAAGCCUGGAUAGUCAACGUGGUAGAAAAUAUUGGUGGGAGACUUAAAUUGCGAUACGAAGGGCUGGAGGAUUCUGACAAAUUUGACCAAUGGCUGUUCUACUUGGACCCUUUCCUUCAUCAAGUGGGGUGGGCGGCUCAACAUGGAUACAGCCUGCAACCACCUUUAGCCAUUAGGUCCUUGAAGAGCGAAGCAGAUUGGCAAGAGAUCCUGAAGAAGGUGAAAGAAGAGGAAGAGGAGUCAUCAGUUCCCACAGAUCUCUUUAAGGAUAAACCUGUGAUUGGAGUGCAUUCAUUCUCUGAAGGCAUGAAGUUAGAAGCUGUGGACCCGAUGGCUCCUUUUGUAAUCUCUCCUGCUACAGUUCUCAAGGUAUACAACGAAAAAUAUUUCAUGAUAGAAAUUGAUGACUUGAGACCAGACCGUACAACCAGCCAGUCUUACAUUUGUCAUGUCAACAGUGCUGGUAUUUUCCCUGUGCAGUGGAGUCUGAAGAACGGCUUGCAUCUCAGUCCCCCACCAGGUUAUCCUGGGCAGGACUUCGAUUGGGCAGACUACCUCAAACAAUGUGGUGCUGAGGCAGCUCCCCAGAGCUGCUUCCCCUUGUUAACUUCUGACCAUGGAUUUAAAGAGAAUAUGAAACUUGAGGCUGUGAACCCAGUUGAUCCUGAAGAAGUUUGCAUUGCUACAGUCACAAAGAUGAAAGAUUCCUACCUCUGGCUUCAGCUGGAGGGCUCCAAGAAGCCCGUCCCUGACUGCAUAGUGAGCGUGGAAUCAAUGAAUAUAUUUCCAGUGGGUUGGUGUGAGACGAAUGGAUAUCAGCUCAGACCUCCUCGCAAAGCAAUAGUAAACAAGCAGAAAAAAAUUGCAGUAGUUCAACCAGAGAAACAAAUUCUGUCUUCGAGGACAGUUCAUGAUGGACUAAAGAACCAGGAGCUGAACUCUUCUGACUCAGUGGUGAUUAAUGGAAAGUACUGCUGCCCAAAGAUCUACUUCAACCACCGGUGCUUCUCAGGGCCUUACCUUAACAAAGGCAGGAUUGCAGAGCUUCCUCAGUCUGUGGGACCUGGGAACUGUGUUCUUGUUCUGAAAGAGGUGCUCACUUUAUUGAUCAAUGCAGCUUACAAACCUAGCCGUGUCCUGCGAGAACUGCAGUUGGACGAAGAGGCUGCAUGGCAUGGGCAUGGAGAGACCCUAAAAGCCAAGUACAAAGGGAAGAGCUACCGUGCAACUGUGGAAGUUGUGAGGACGGCAGAUCGGGUGGCAGAUUUCUGUAGAAAAACAUGCAUCAAGCUGGAAUGUUGUCCAAAUCUCUUCGGCCCUCAGAUGGUGCUGGAUAAGUGUUCAGAGAACUGCUCUGUCCUGACAAAGACUAAAUACACACACUAUUACGGAAAGCGGAAAAACAAGCGGAUAGGUAGGCCUCCGGGUGGCCACAGCAACCUGGAAGUAGCCAUGAAGAAACCAAAUAAAAGACGGAAGAGACGAAAACAUUUUUUUGUUCAUAAGAAAAAACGUUCUUCUACUUCAGUGGAUAACACUCCAGCUGGAUCUCCCCAGGGCAGUGGGGGAGAAGAGGAGGAUGACCAGGAUGAGGUAGAUGAAGAAUCUCUGACUGAGGAUAGUACCUCAGAGCACCAAGAUGAAUUGCUUGAGGAAUCAGAGGUAUCAGAGAAGAAAUCACUGUCAUCUUCUCCUACACAGAGUGAACUGUCUCAUUCCCUGGCUCAGGACCGAGACAAGCGGAAGAGGAAGCUCAGGACCUUUUCCUUUUCAGAUGAUGAAAAUAAACCUCCUUCGCCAAAGGACAUAAAGAUGGAAGUUGCUGAAAAGCUGCAGCUGGACAGUAACCCUCUGGAAUGGAGCGUGGCUGACGUUGUACGAUUCCUCAAAUCCACUGACUGUGCACCACUGGCAAGAAUUUUCCUUGAUCAGGAAAUCGAUGGCCAGGCGCUGCUGCUGCUGACCCUGCCCACCGUUCAGGAGUGUAUGGACUUGAAGCUUGGGCCAGCUAUUAAACUUUGCCAUCACAUUGAGAGGGUCAAACUUGCCUUUUACCAGCAGUUUGCUAACUGAGGAGCAGCCAAGUUGAAGUGGACCUUUGAAGCACAACUACAAAAACAUGCUCUUUUCUCUUUAGCAAGUAAAGCCAAAUGAAGUUAACCUGAGGCCCUGGUGGCCUAAGAGCAUCUGUCAGCCUCAGUUUUUCACUUUGACAAAAGGAAGACAACACGUGGAACAAAAUGCCAAUGCAAACACAGGGGCUACUCUGCCAGCUGCCAGCUUGGGAACACAAUAGUCUCUUGCUCUAUGGUUCCCUUUUUUU